AUGGAGCUGCUACUGCAUCUGUUGGAGUAUCUCCUAAACAAACUCGGAGUUAAAAAGUACAUUAAGGGCGUGAAGCAUAUGUGCAUGAACAGCAUUAAGCAUUUAAUUUGGGAAGAAAUAGAACUAACCCCCUUUACAGUUUGCCUCCUUGAUGGCCUGGUGAGAAAUACACAGGGGGGAAAAUCAAAUAGGGAAAGCAACACACACAGGAGAGGUUUGUUAAAGAGGAGGAAGAGGCAACGUAAAGAGAAGGGAGCGUUCGGUGACUAUUUGGAUUACUUGGAUUCUCUGAAGGAGAGGAAACACCAACUCAGCUUUGACAUUUUCUACGUCGGUAGGGUGGAGGUGGACUGGGGCAUCCCCUCCAGCAGGGGCGGAAGUAGGAGCGGAAGUAGAGGCAGAAGUAGAGGCAGUGGUGUGCGCGACUUAGACUUUUACAGUGGCCUGACUGCACAGGUGGAAAAUGUCUUCGUGAGUGUGAAGUUAGAGGAGGGGGAGCCGGAGGGAGGACGAGAGGGGAAGAACGGAAAAAAGGCAAACAGGGUGAGCGGCACGAUGAGCGGCACGGUGGGCGGCACGGUGGGAAGAGCCGAAAACGAUGGUGAAGGUGGCGGCACGGUGGGAAGAGCCGAAAACGAUGGUGAAGGUAGCGGCACUGCGGAUAGGCACGAACCCGAGGAGAUUAGGAGGAGCUUCCCCCUUGUCGCUCUCCUCCUCGCCAUUUUUUACCUCAACGUCGUGAAAAAGAAGCUCUACACCAUGGCCUGCUCCUUCCUCAAGUACAUCACGCAUAACUUCAUAAAAAGGAGUCUCCUCCGCCUUUUCAAACAAGCGCUUUUUAAGAUGGCCACGAAAUACAUCCUCUGUUUUGACAUAAAAAAUAUUAACAUCGUUUUUGAAGAUACACUAUCGAAUGGAAAAAAAAAAGUCUACCUUUCUAUGCACAUCUAUGAAGUUCACGCGGACAACUGUAGCUUUAUCCUCAGCAGGGAGAGAGAGGAAAGUCACGUAAUGGAAAUGAAACACAAUCGAAACGUUAUCACAUAUGGAAAGAAAAUCAUUUACAACGAUGGGGAUACCCUGAACAGGAAUACCUACGUGGAUUUAUUCAAUGUUAUUAUAAAACAGCUGAGUGUUUACCAAGAUCGAAGGAGUCAACACAUCAGUAGGAGCGAUAUAUUUGAGGAUAAAUUUAAGUAUAAGUUUUUUUUUUUUAAUGUGAAUGUAACACAUCAGAGGGAGUGCCUGCUGAAGGAGACUAACUUCUUGUGUGAUGUGUCGAAGGACAGGACUAGCCAGAGGUACCUCCUUAGCGUCGUCACCCCGAGCGUUCAGCUCGCCCUUUCGAAUGAUAGGCUAUACACUCUCUAUUUGUUUUUGUAUAAGUACGUCUGUAUUGCGAGGGGGGGUAGUUUUCAAUCGGAGCGGGGGCGAACGCAGGGGAGGCAACCUCAUCGUGGGGAGCCUCAUCGUGGGGAACUUCACCAUGGGCAAUCACAUCGUUGGCACCCCUCGAGGGAGGUCACCACAGUGCAGAAGAACUUGCGUCGUAAGCAUCGAAGAGGAAGAGUCCGCAUCGCCGGAGGAACGAAACUGCUCGAGUUUGACUUUCACAUGGGACAGUUCAAAGUGGAUUAUGCAUACAGCGGGGGGAAUGACUCCCUUUGCUGUUUCUGCAAAAACGUGGACCUUUUAUUUGCGCUGAAGGAGGAGAGUUGGGUUCCAGCGAAGGCGGCUCGGCGGGCGUGCCGCGGUACAACACAGGAGGAGGGAGCGGUGAAAACUCUCACACUGCACAACUUCACCUACUCGCUGGAUUCAUUUUCCGUGACGGAAUCCUACUCGAGUUUGUCCCUUAUCGUGAGUAAAGUAAAAGAGGAGCUGCUUCGAUUCAACACAAAAAAAAGUUAUGCCUUUAAGAAGGUCAUUUAUAAUGGCCUCCUAGACAUCACGUGCGCAGAGUACGCCAGUGUGAGCGCCGCUCUCGCUGGUAGAUACGGCUUCACUGCUUCACCAAGGGGGAAGAACAGACACUGCCUCAUCGCACAAGUGCAUAGGAGGUGCGAACGGGGGGGGAGUAGAUCAAGCGAGUACAGCAUAGGUCUACAAAUUGAGUGCAUCAAUUUGGUGGUCAGUCGUGUAGAUAGGUUCUGCGUGCUGGUGGGCUGCCUGCUGGAGCGGGACCUCUUCGUGCUGCACCACCAUUUGGGGGUGAGCGGUGGGAAGAAGGCACAAAGUAGCGACCCGAACAGUGGCAACCCGAACAGUGGCAACCCGAACAGUGGCAACCCGAACAGUAGCAACCCGAACAGCGGCAGCAGUCGGGGGAGCCCCCAUCCAUCGCUAAUUCACAUAAACACGCAGAUAAAACGAAUCAAAGUGGAACUAACGAAUCUGCGCGCACCCACGCUGUUCCUUUGUCUGGACCACACACUCCUACACUUCACGAAUCAAAAUAUCAUGCAUGUAAAGAAAAAGGCAAUAAGCAAGAUACGGACAUGUAGGAAUUUUCUCCUAACGAAAGAGUUAAAGAUCAAAGGGAGAGAGAUCCACAAUCAUGUUAACAUAACCUACAGAAUAGCUAACAUAUAUUCCUAUUUGAAGUAUGAGGGAAGCACCCACAUUUUGGUCUUCCCAUUUUCUUUGUUCUUCACCCUGGACAGGACUAAAAUGUACAGAGUCAAAAUUUCUAUCAUUUCGCUAGUCGUCGAGCUGAACAGCAAUGUUUUAAAUUUGUUGAGAAAAUUAUUUUGGGACCCCGAGGAAUGUGCGCACAGGGGGAGAGGCGAUAUAAGCGGCGAUAGGGGCGGCAAUAUAAGCGGCGAUAGGGGCGGUGAUAGAAGCGGCGAUGGAAGCGGUGAUAGGGGCGGCAAUAUAAGCGGCGAUAGAAGCGGCAGAAGCAGCAGCAGCGGCAGCGGGACUGAGUACUUCACGUCGGAGCUCCCGCCCGAAACAACUCUGCUGCGUUACCCUCAGGGAAGAGAAAAAAGGGAAGACAUACCAACAAGGAUGAGUCAUGCAAAGGAGGACGUUAUGUCGAUAGAGGAAGAAUUAAACGUUUUAUUCGGGGUAUUAGAAGUAUUUUUCGAUAAUGAUCAAAUGACGAAUGAGACGAAUGAGGAAGACCAUUAUGUAAGUUCCUCCUUCAGUGUUACAUAUGUCCUAAAUUUUUUUAUUAACGUGAGGAUAAAAUUUGCUUGCCGCCAUGUGAGCUUCUUCUUCUUUCUAUGUAAGGAGGACACAGCCAAUGUGAAGAAUCGGAAGAAUAAGAAGAAAAAAAAAAAAAUAAUCGAAUGUUAUAACCUUUUACAAUCGGAUGAAGUGAGAUCGAAUCGAUUGGACAAGGUGAAAGGCAUAGAGAGGCACAUCGAAGCAUUUCACUUUAAGUUGAGAUCGGAGAGGACCACUUUUCAUUUUUUUGCCACGAAGAAGAAAAAUGCUUACCUCCUUAAGAACAAACUGUACAUUUGCGACUUUGCUUCAUUUUGUGAUUUUAAUAUCCGUUCGGUUCCUUUGCUUUUUGAGUCCCUCAGGGGGUUGAGGGUGUACUCUCUUGCUGACCCUGGGGGGGAAAGGAAAAUUGCAAGGCUGAGGUCGUGUGGUGGGUGCAUCCCGGGUAACGUUCUAGAGGAGAAGUUGGUAGGAAGGGAAGGGGUAGAAGGGGGGUACACCAGAGGGGCCCACCAGGACUGCUUCUCUCACCAGGACUGCUUCUCUCACCAGGACUGCUUCUCUCACCAGGACUGCUUCUCUCACCAGAAUUGUCACUCUCACCAGAACUGCCGCCCUCACCAGAACUGUCGAUGCCCCGCGCUCACCCUGAGACACCAGUGCCAGCUGACGCACUCGGGGGAGCUCAAAAGACACGGCGUGAAGAACAAGCACAUAAUUGCAUGCUACUUGGAGAGGCUGGAUCUGUAUAUACACGACUUCAUCCUGAACGUGGCGUAUUACGCAUACGAGCGUUUGUGGGCAGUGCGGAGGGGGGAUGUUGAUCAUGCAGGGACCAAUCAUCUCACAAAACGUCCACGCAGAAGAAAUAUAUUCCCUUCCGAAUCAGACCUUCUGCAGCUGAGAAGGAACAACAACAACUUCUACAGAUCUGUUACGAAGAAAAUGUUACGAUUCAUCUUUCAUUUCAUCGCGAAAAGAAUUACCUGCUCGUUUCUUUUUAUGGAAAAGAGGGACGAUAUGAUCAGGGAGCAGAGACUCUCCCUCGGUGAAACGAGGAAGCAUUUUAAGAUCGAGACGAAUUACCUUGUCGUUAAGUUGAGGAGUCACUUUGCGAGCAUCGAAACGGUGAAGGAAUCAGGCGGACUUCACUGGGGCGAAGCAGUGAAAGAAGUAGCAGACGUGGAAGCGGAAAAUACUAUCUCUGAGGAAGAACAAGUAGUGGGAGUCUCCUCAGGCGGAAAGGUCAACCAACUUCCUACCAUACAAAAAGAUCUUAGAAAAAGAACAUACCAAAAGAAAAAACGAAAACUCGCAAAAAAGUGCGCCAUGCGAAGUAGGCGCCAUUUUUAUGUGUGUAAAUUGUUCUUCCAUAUGUUUGUAAAGGAAACCACUGUAAUGAGGUACAUCGUGGGGGGGGCGGAAGUGAAGAAGGGGAAGGAGUGCACAGGGGAGGCGAAGCAGCUAGGAGAAGAAGGGGGGGGUGCGGAGAAUCGGACGCUUUCCAGGACAUCCAUUACUAGUGCGGGCCCCCCCAUUGGCCCAUGCCGCCACGCAUCGCAACGCAGUCUAAUUUUGAGAGAGACAUCGAGAGAGGCAUCGAGAGAGGCAUCGAGAGAGGCAUCGGCAGAGGUGGUGAACGCCCAGCCGGCAUAUAACCCCCACAGACGGAGCGUCACCCACGCAAGAACGAAGAAGCCAAAGAGAAGGAACGUCUUCGUAAAAAUCGAGGGAAUAAAUUUGAUCCUUUCGGACCUACUCAACAUGGUGAUUUAUUUGAACAGCCACAGGGUGCGAGUAUCUUCACAUGUGAGCGUCUUGGAUUCAUUAAAAAGGUACAUCGAAGCGAUUAAGGAGAGCUUCCAGAACCCGUUUUUUAGAACCCAUUUUCCGCUUGAUAGAUUGACCAGUGAUAGAAGCGCAGCUGAAGAGGUGAGAGAUUUUAUAAAAAGGAGGAACAAGUAUGCACCUGGGGGGAGGCUCACCAUGGGUGGACACACCAUGGAUGGACUACUCACCAAGGGAAAGGUCUACCCAAUGGAAGAAAACAGAAGAAAGAGCAUCCCCAUGUGGUACGAACCAAGUGGGAUGCUCUUCCAAGUUAGAAAGGUACACAUUACUGUAAACAGGGUCACAUGCAGCUGUACCUACUUUGUACGUCCACUUGGGGAGGAAGGGAUCACCAGAAGGAGAGGUGCUGACUGUUCAGGUGAAGCAACUAACAAAGGGAAGCCGAGGAAGAAGAAGGAGAAGGAGAAGAAGCAGAGGAGGAAGGAAAAACUGCUAUUGAAAACAAAAAAAGGGACAUUCAUUUUUGCUCGUACUUGUAAUGGAACGACACAGAGGAGACAAGUCCUACAGGUGAUUUGUCUCGUGAAAAGUAAACUCUGCGACGUUCAUAUAUUUUUGAAAGGGUUAGAGGAUGGGAAGAAAUUUCUGAUUUUUCAGUCCACUUAUCUCUACCUGGGGAGUCAAAUGAGGUUUGAGCUCCCCGCGAGGAAGGUGCGUAGAAGAGGUGUGAAGAUGGUGGGUAGAAGCGGAGGUAGAGUGGGUAGACGCGGAGAUCGAGUGGGUAGACGCGGAGAGAGGCGAGCCGAUGAACCACCCAACUGCGCCCAGCGAACGGAUCACCCAUUCCCACGGUUGCCCUAUCCUUCCUUAACAUGUUUGAGGCGCAAAGGGAAAGCUCGGCUCCUCUUUAAGAUGUUGAGAUGCUUGAAUAGGAAAAUAAACACACGUAGGGGUGAUGCGUCCUGUUCUUCGCCAACGCAGGGGGGACGCGAACCAAACGAAGUGCAUAUCAAAACGGUACUAAAAUCGUACAGCAGUAACGGAGAGAAGGGAGACGAUGGACGCGUCGGACGUAACUCCUCCUUUAACGUUCUCCUGAACGAGGGGAACAUCGUCUCGUUGGUUAAUUUGUACGCGUGCGUGGUGGAGCUGUGCGCCAAGGCGCAGCGCCUCCAGCGCAGGUACGGCUUGGGUGGAAGUAGCAUCGGGGGUGACGUCGGGGGUGACAUCGGGGGUGGCUUCGAACACGGCACCGGUCGCAGCAUCGGUCACAGCAUCGGUCGCAGCACCGGACACGAUGGCCGUGGUGGAAGUCGACGUGACGGACGUGAGCGCCCAGAUGGUCGCACAUGGACCAGGAUGCGAGGCAAGCGACUCGCGCGAAUCAUCCGCAGAGUGCAUGCCAAGCACAGGGUGAAGAAGAUGCGAUCCGUAGAAGGGGCGGAUGCGCUCCGGCGGGGUAGCAGACCAGGGAUCGACCCACGAAAUGGUCGCUUUGUGGGGCCGAAGGAGGCAACGCAGAAUAGGGGGAUCCGUUUAGCUGCCACGGGAGUGAGUAAAUGGGUCAAUCAGAGGAGUGCCCUUCUGUCGAAGCAGCGGAGUGACCACCCCCCCACACUUCCCCUUGUGGAUGCGCUGCUCAAAUCCGUGAGCUUCAAACUAAAAAAUGUUUUUUUGCUGUUCCACACGGACAGAGAGAACGCCUUCUUCCUGGGGACGUACGUAGGCAGCCUCAAGGGGGAACUCACAAGGAAGGGGAGCAGAAGAAGCAAACAAAAGACGACGCACAAUUUUAGGUACAUACACGAGUUGAAAGAACUGCUCCUAUUCAGCAGCAACGACUAUUUUGAUUCAAAGGGGAAGGUGUAUCUAUUCGAAAUGUUUAACUCCUUGUCGAAGCGAAACUACCAAAAUUGUAUGAACAUGUUCAUAUUUUUUUUAAAAAAAAAAAAAAAAAAAAAAAAACUAAAUUUUGAAGUAGGAAAUUUGAAGAGGAAGAUAAAGUGCCUUGAGGGGGUCAGCACAAUUGGCCAGCAAUGCAAAAACGGGGUGUUGCUCAUCAGGAGAAAUUUUCCAACUGAAGAGAGAAAAAUUAUCAAUCAGGUAAAGAAAACACAAACGGUGUUAAGCAAACGGAAAGGUAGCAUUGUUAUGAGGAAUGACGGGAUGGUCAUUAAAGGGGUAGGACACACACAGGAGAGAAAGGAAGAAGCAAGAGUGCCACUUCGAACGGGAAGGAAAUCACCGGACAGACGGAAAACAAAACGAUGUAUUCCUCCCCCAACUGAAGUGGCAACCGUUUUGAAGACAGCAGUUUUAAACAGGAGGAAGGAGCUGCUUAAGGAGUACUUCACGAAUGUUACCUAUUACGAAAGGGAGUGCACAAAAGUGGAGAGGAGUAGUGCCAUCCUGUUUGGAAACAGACAUGCACAUAUCGGUGUUGAAAGCACAGUUCGUUGCACGUGGAGUGCAUUAGAGUUGAUAGAAGGGAGAGCUAGAUCUAGGAUGAGAGCCAAAAUGAUCGCCACGAGGAAGGAGAUUAACCAAAGUGGAAAAAUGAGCGUGCAUGUGAAGUACACUGUGAAAGAAAACUCUGCGAUUAAGGUGACCGUCAAGCAUACAUACCGCGAUGUUUGUUUCUUCCUCCCCAUGCAUACCCUUGUCAAGUUGCAGAAAAUUGUGAGCACGUCCAAAAUGUGGAGAGCGUUUCAGUUGUUGUCAGUUGGGAGAACUAGACAAACGAAACAACAUAGUGAAGCAACACAGAGUAAAGAAAAAAAAAAACUUUUUCUUUCAUACCAAUUUAAAAUAUUUUUUGCUAACCUGAAUGUGCAUGUGUUAUCUGCAUGUACCUACCUUAUGGAUAAUGUUAAAGAGAGUGGAGAGGAAAUCCUAUACGAUCUGAGUCUCGUGAAGGAAAAAACGAGACAUGCCUACAGCAGUGGACGCAUCGAAAGUGGUGAUAAAGGAAAAGCAAGCAGAGCUAAGCUCGAGAGGGAAGAGAACCCCAAAAUUUUUGGUCAGGAAGGGACAAACGAGUUGCAUAAUAAACGGAGGAGGGAAGCCCUUUUUACUGAAAUGUCGAAACGAAAGAAAGGGAAGAAUGAACACAUUUAUGUGAACCCCCCCGAGGUGAAGCACCAUCCAUCCUAUUUAGGUGAUGAACGAGCAGUGGAACGGAAAAAUGUCUACUUGGUGAAGCAGAAAAAAAAAAAAAAAGUCGAUAGGAACAUGAAGAGGAGGGUAUUCCUGUACGACUUGGUGGUCAACACUAGUGUGAAGGUGGACAUUGAGAAAAAGAAGCGGAAAAGGAAGAGGGCCAUUCGGAGGGGGGACGACCACAUGCAGGCGCAGCGAUGGGGGGAGACGCAGCUAGGGGGGGAGGCGCUGUGGAAGCAUGCCCCUCACAGGGAAAAUCCAGCAAAAAGGGAAGAAGCACAAAAAGGCACCCUCGUUCACAUCAACAAAACGCACUUUAACAUAUCCAUGCAGCACCUCAGAGUUAAGUGCGGCCUCCUGCACGCACCCCUAACUACUCACAGCGCGAUAAAUGUCAUGCGGGUGGAAAAGGUAGACGGCUCAUCCAACCAGGCAAAGCACCACAAGGUGUACUUGAGCUUGAUAGGCGUUCGGAAAUUCAAUUUGCGUCGUUGUGGGGCAAUGUCAGCCGAGUGCAUGGAGAGUCAGAUAAACGGGAGUGGAGAUUCGAAGCGUGUCUGUUGUGAUGAUGAACUGCGAAGAGGGAGAGAUUCGCUACAGGAUGAGGAUGAAUCGAACAUUAGUGUGAUCCCCCUACGAGAGUUCUGCCUGUACAACGUCGUGGAGUGCAUGAACAUCGUGUGCUUUUGCACGCGAGUGAACUAUGUGCUUAAUCGAGGAGAGUCCUUACACAUGAAGGCGGGUGACAAGGGAGGGAAGAAAUUCUCCCCCAAAGUUUUCACACCCAAUUUUGCAGCCCUGAAUGAGAACCGCUUAUCAGAAGAGGGGAGCAACACGUUGAAGGGAACGAGUUGCUUUUCCUUCGUCUCGAAGAGGAACAGUACCGAGCGGGGCGUGACUACCCCCCUCAGUAGUAACUCCUUCUCGCAUUACGCACCAUCGGGGAGGGGAAACACGUAUGGGGGAAGCGGCGGGAGGCACGCGCCCCUCGAAGCGAACCAUGUGAAGCGGACCAACCUAGUGAAGCAAGCCAAGCAGCCGAUUAACACCAACCGCAGGAAUGACGCGGGCCAAAUGGUGAGCAGACUGAUCACCCCUCAGGCCAGGGGCACCCCUUUAAAUAAUCCCACUACUAAUUGGAACGGGAGAAAAACCGCUACACACUCAAAGGUGCUCGUCACGAAAAAUUGUGUAAGCCUAAUUGUGAGCAACGUGUCCGUAGGAGUGAACAAUAACGAUCUGCUGAUAUUGAAGUAUGUGGUGGAAGACUUGGAGGACUUAGGGAGGAGGUUUCGGGAGGGGAAGGUGUACACGUGUAGGUACAGCUACCGGGGGGUGGUGAUCUCGUCCAAGUUCCGCAAGGGGAGGCGCGUCAUCCAACGCGGCAGCAAACGUGGCAGCAAGUGUAGCGGUAAGUGUAGCGGUAAGUGCAGCGGUAAGUGUAGCGGUAAGCGGGGCAGUGAGAAUUGGGGGGAACGUCCCGUUGAAGACAAAACUGCUGCGCACAGCGAGCGUGGGGGGAAGAAGAGUCCUGGAAAACCGCUCACACGAACGACAAACAAGCUACACAUGAACGUGGACGCGAUGAAGGUAUCCUUCCUAACUCUGGGGUACCUACACGAGCUAUUCUCCCUAAACAGUGUCAACAACCAACUGACUCUGAGAAGCAUACUCCGAAAGGGGAAAGCCAAAAAAACACAAGUAGUGGCAAACAUGAAGCAGAUUAAUGCAGUCUCCAUAGACGUAAUACAUUUGUACAACUUUUUGUUUAAAAACUCGAGGAAGAUUCCAUUUGUGGAUUCAUUCGAUCUGUCUGUGCAUUACAACAUGGAUGAGAAAAAAAAGAGGAAGUUAUGGAUCUAUAUAAAAAAUGACGUACAUAUUUAUAUGGGGAGAGGGAUAGUUAACUUGCUCCUCCUCUUUAAGCAGCAUUUUUUUCAUUCUCAUUUGGCGUACCAUGAGUGUAUCCUGUGCAGUCAGGUGAAUAACGAGAAGGUAAAGACCAUCAGGGACUUGCGCAAUUUUGUUUCCUUGCAAAAUAAGCUCCACAAAGAGUUCAUAAUAGUAAAAAAUUACACUCCGUACAACUUGGCAUUCGAAUAUGAGGAGAACGUUGGGUUGGUGAAGAGGAACCAGGACAGUGUCAUUCUGUGUGCUAAUUUGUUUUUCCUCCUCAUUUACAGUGUAGAGGAUUCCAGCUUGAGGAAGAAAAUUUUUCUCAAGGGGAGGAACUACCUCUCAGGGGGAGGGGGCCACCACAAUGCUGAUCAGUACGAACCCGACUUUGGACAGCCCUACGGGGGAUACCCACACGGGAGGCACUCACACGGGGGAUACCCACACGCGCAGCAGGACACACACCAUAAGAAGUUACUCAAUGAGAAAAACUACUUCCACAUCGACGUGGGGAUCCAUGACAACAAAAAGUGUAUUUACGUUUAUCCCUAUUUUUUUGUUAACAUUCUGUUCGAUGAGUAUCUCAAGCGAGAUGCCUCCGCGAUAGUGGGUGACUCCACUUUGACCAAGAACGACGAUCCUUCAGGUUCACGGGAAAAAAAGAAAAAAAAAUUUCUUCAUUUGAAGUUAAAAUUUAUUAAGGCAAAUACGAUUAAUACAUGCGUGGUGAAGGACAACCAGACUUCCUUCAGCAUCCCCUUUCACUUUAUGAAGCGGUGUGAAUACAUCCAGCUCGUGUUGAAGAUGCAUAGAGAUAAACUCUACGUGAGUAACAAAAUGAAGUAUUCUCAAUUUUUGAAGCUCAGGAGGUAUAUCUUUAGGGACAUUCACGACGGUGUACAUGUACUCUACUGCAGCUUCUUCUUUUUGGUGAAGAAGCGCGCGCAUGGAGAGGCGGCAGGGGUGCACCCCGUGGGGAGGAGACAAGUAGAAGGGGAAGAGGUGAGAGGAGUACGCGCAAACGAGGUAGCGGCGAGAGGAGUACGCGUAAACGAGGCAGCGGAGAGAGGUGUACGCGUAAACGAGGUAGCGGAAAGAGGUGCACACUUCGAUGGGGCACCCCUGCAGGGGAAUGCCCGAGUGCAGCCCGCCACCCGAGUCGACACAGAAGAAGCCAAAUACUCCAAAAUAUUCAGCGUCGUGCAAAUUAUAAAUAAAAACGUACAUGUACUAUCCAUCCAAAAUUGCAUGAAGAUAAUUAACCUAACUCCAUUCAACAUCAAUGUGUUGUUAAAGAGAGAAAAAGGAAGAAUCAAAACGUACAGCAUACAUAGUUUCGAUUCUGUAAAUGUGUAUCAUUUUUGCUUCCUCGACAAUCUGAUUCUGAAUUUCAGUCUCUCAUUCUAUCGACAAUGGAUUAAAUUUUUGAGGAUAAACAAUGAGGCUUAUUUUACACGUGCGGAAAUGAAACAAGAUUUUUUCGUGACUGCCAACGGAGGGGAAGUUCGCCAAACGGGAAGUACCCCCAGGAAUGAAAACGGAACAGAACACCACACAAGUGUAAAAAAUCUCCCCAAAAUUUUAUUUUUUGAUAUCGUAAAAUUUCACAGUCUCUACUUUGUGGUCUAUAUAUACAUGCAUGAACAGAACUACAAUAUAGCCAUCGUGAGUAGGCAUAAUAUUAUGAAUUACACGAGAAACGUCUUGCAGUACUACGUGUUGAAUGAUGAGGAGGACUGCCUGGAUGACCUCAGAUUAGAAUGCGAGGUUAAGAAAUACAGUUUGAAGGAAACGUAUACUGCCCUCAAAGAAAAUUUGCUUCUGCUUUCCCCGGUCAUGGAAAGGAGAGUCUUCACUUUGGACGAGGAUAUGUUAAAAGUAGAAGAAAGAAAAAAUAUAUCUGAGGAGGGAGACAAAGGGAGAGAAAAAGGGAAAGAAAGAGGGAAAGAAAAAGAUAAAGGCAAAAACUACGGUCACAAAAACUGCGGAAGCAGCAGCAGCAACGACGAGCCGUGUAUUAAGAACUACUGCUUCAACCACCGCUUCGCUCUCAACAGUUACAACAAAACGAUGGCCAACGACUCCGUCUCCUACGAAAUAAAUAAGUCCUACACCAAGGUCAUACAGCUAAACGAGGAAUACGUCACUGUGCGGGUCCACCACUUGCACUUCCACUGCUUUGGGAUUUCGUUCAUUCAGUUCUUUCCCUACCUCGUUUUGGUCAACCUAACAAAGUACACCUUCGAGGUGAAGUCCAAGCCGCACGAUGCGCUGGAGAAGGAGCAGCGCCAGCGACAAGAGCGGCAGCAACAGCAGCGGCAACAGCAGCGGCAACAGCAGCGGCAACAGCAGCAGCAACAGCACCCGCAGCUGUACGACUCGAACGAAAGCGACGACCUGAACUUCAGCGAGCACUCCUGCUUUUCCCCUACCAGCGAGGACGACUCGGGGUUCGACCUGGGGGGGGAAAUCAGACCAAGUGGGGGCAGCGGGCCAAGUGGGAGAAGCGGACCAAGUGGAAGAAGCGGGCCAAGUGGGAGAAGCGGGCCAAGUGGGAGAAGCGGAGCGAGAGAACAUUGUGAACGAAGCAACUACCUCGGCAGAAUCGCCGCCCUCUUUGACGAAGAAAAGGUGGAUAGCAGACGCCCUGACCGCACCAACCUGUUGGACAGCAUGAGCUUGCAGGAGCUAAACAUAAAGAACAAAAGUGCGUGGGAUUUUAUCAGUUUCAAAAUAAGGCAGCGGGGGGAGGGAAGCGAAGAAGCGCUCCUCGGCCAAGUGGCACCGGGGGAAGAAGCGGAGAAUGAGCUCGAACGGAACGUCUUGACCAAAUCCGAAAAGUCCGAAAAAUACGAAAAGUCCCAAAAAUACGAAAAGUCCGAAAAGUCCGAAAAGCCCGAAAAAUACGAAAAAUCCGAAGUGAACCGCCCAGAAAGCGCCAAACUUGUUACCUACGCGCGAGCGCUGAAAGUGUUGACUCGGAAGACCCACGAGAGGAGGGGGAGCCCCCGAGUAGUGAAGACCAAACACGUAAGGGGGAAGUACAUAAGGAUCCACAAAAGAUGCGCUACCUACUUUUAUACGUAUAAGUAUGCACAGAUCUACACGAAGAACAACCAACACCUGACGGUGGUGAAGGAGAAGCUCUUUCAUAUUGCCACCAUAGAGAAGGACAAAACGUAUUACGUUUUUAUUAAGAGAAUUCCACUCGUGUCGGGGCAGGUAGAGGGGAGGAGCAGUAGGCCCAUUGGAGGGGGGAGCAGUAGGCCCAUUGGAGGGGGGAGCAGUACACCCAUUGAAGGGGGGAGCAGUACACCCAUUGAAGGGGGGAGCAGUACACCCAUUGAAAGGGGGAGCAGUAGACCCAUUGGGGGAAUCCACCCUAGGAGGGAACAGCCCGCAAGAAGAAAAACCAGCAGGUGUGAUAAUAACGAUGAUGGUAUAGACGGAAUGGGGCGCACUUCUGAGGAAGGGGAGGAAGAAGACAGAGGAGAGGAGACCCCCAUGGAGGAAGCCGCCCCUGUUGAGGAAGCCUCCCCUGUUGAGGAACCCCCCCCUGUAGAGGACCCCCCCCAUGGAACGCUCCGCUCAGACGAGUACGAGCGCUCCCUGCACGCAUACAACCGGUUGAGCGAACUGAAUAUCGACCUCGUUACAUUCACGAAGAAGAACACCAUGAGAGGAAUUUUCAAAAAAUACAAAGAAAAAAUAAACGAACAAGUAAACAAAAAGGGGAAAAUCCACAUUUACAACAAUUUAGAUGUCCCCUUUUUUAUCAACCCAGCCCAAAGCAGGCAUCUAUUUUAUGUAAAAAACAAGUACGUACACUUCAAAGAUGAAAAAUUUAUUUUUUUUUUUUUCCCAAAAUUUAUAUUAAUGAACAAGACCAUACAGCUGUUACUAAAGCUGGGAGAUGACACACCACUGAGAAAAUACCAAUCCGUCAGGAACUACCUCCAUUUGAUGAAGACUGCAGAGAUGAAUCAAAAUUUUCAUGUGAUGAAAAUCUCCUUGAUUUGUAAUCUCAUUUCAUCCUUCUCCUUUUCCUUUUUCCUUCUCAAAAGGAUGAAAAUUAAGGAUAUAGUCCCCUCCUCCAAUGGAGAAAACCAACUCGUGUACUACGAACUGUACCUUGUGAAGCAUCACUGCGAUAUCGUACUGAACAAAAAUAAUGAAGUCAAUAUAUUUGUAAAUGGAUUUAGAGAGUCCCAAUUUGUGAAGAAUAUUUUUUCACUGGAUUAUUGUUUCUAUUUCCUCAAAUGGGAAAAUAACAUGAUAGGGGGAUAUCCAAGUGGGGUCCCAUCCAAUCGGGAUGAUACAAAUUGCACACUCCCUCGGAAGGAAAACACAAAAGGGGUCAUCUACAUAAAUAAUCUCUAUGGACUAAGCGAGAAUGAUCUCGUCAAUGUUAAAUUUUUUAUUAAAAGCGUUAAUUUGCUACUAACCUUUGAGGACGUAUCGAGGGAGGCCAUUGCUCUUGUGCACAUGAAUCAAAAAAUUCAGUUUAGUAAAAUUUUUUUCAAUUUUUACACCUUCCAAUGCCUGAGUAGGAAAUCCCUCGCGAGGAGGAAGAGAUGCAUAGGGUUCUGCGAGGUGAGGAGGCCCCGGAAGGAGGGGCGGCCAAAGGAAGGGCAGUCGAAGGAGGGGCGGCCAAAGGAGGGGCGGCCAAAGGAAGGGCGGCCAAAGGAACGCCCGCCCCGCCGCAGCGAGUUGGUGGACGCCAAGCCCUCCCCAAGUCGGGCUCUUCGUAACGGCAUUCGCAGCGGCGUGGUAGCAUUGCCCAACCGGAGUGCUGCCCCGAGAAGGGGGGGAACAAACAGGCAGUGCGAAAAUAUAGUCGCUGUGGAGGAGUCAUCCUCUGCGGCUUUGUCCGAUGAGCUGGAUGAAUGGGCAGAGAGCCCCCUAAGGAGAAGCAGCAGCAUCGUGAGGAGACUACUCAGAAGAGGCAGGCCAGAAUAUAUAACGACGCUGAACACAGACAUGAACAUGACCAACCAAAUGGCAGGAAAAUCCCAUGCUCUGACAAAAAAAAAUAUUUCAAAGAUUUACAACGUGUAUAGAUUAUUCAAAAGUAAGCUGUAUUGCCAAUACGCCUCUCACUUGUUCAGCAGUUACGUGAAGAACGUCUAUCUGUACAAGCAACUGUUCGAGUUGUUAAGAAGCAAUGUCCAUGUGGUCAGUAUGAGUUUUUCUGAUUUCUACGAGAGAGUACUUAUCCUAAUCGAUAACAUCCGUGUAAGCAAAGAAGACGAGGGGGGGGAGAAAAAAACGUUUGUAGGAAACAGCCACACCAUUCUUACCAAGUAUAAUGACGAAGAAACCUUUGUCAGUGUUAAUAUCGAUCUGCUAAAACAGAGGGUUAUGAAAUACAAGCAUAUUUAUAAUAGCUUGAAUAUCGUGCAUGCUUGUUGUCACUUGGAGAGAGCGCGGAGGCAGGGAAAGAGGCGCAGGCAGGGGAAGAGACGCAAACAGAGACAGACCAUCGAGUGGGUUGUGCCCUCAUCAAAUGGGGCCUCGACGAACAGGGGGAGGGUGACCCACUUAGCGGGAGAGACGAACACAAGAAGAGUCACCUUCUCCGAAAGGAACGCUGCACGCAUUGCCAACUCGAAUAGUUUUGCCAAAAAUAGGGCACACGCGCUACUGUACAGUGCGUACUAUUUUUAUAAGAGGGGGAAGGACUCACGGCGAGGCUCCUUCGAUGGUGACUCCGCGAACCACGGUGACGCUGCCAACCAUGGUGACGCUGCCAACCGUAGUGACGCCGCUUACCACGGUGACGCAGCGAACUACGGUGCGCCGACCCACCAAAUAGACAACCUCGUCCAGUUCAUCGAGCAGAUAAAGAAGCAGAAGCUGCGCAGGAGUCGAAGGGAAAUCAUAAAAAAUCUGACAAUCGAAAUCUCAAGUCUGAGCCUGACCCUGGACUAUAACUACUUCGUUAACAUCGUGCCUCUUUGCUACGAGUACGUGUGCAGGCAGUGGCGCCAGUACAGCUUGGUCGGCGCUGGGGAGGGCGCGUCCGCGGGGGGGAGGGGCAGCCACAGUAAUCGUGGCAAUGGUAGCAACCGUGGAAGUGGAAGCAACCGAGGAAGUGGCAGCAACUAUAGCAAUGGCAGCAACUAUAGCAAUGGCAGCAACUAUAGCAAUGGCAUCAACUAUAGCAAUGGCAGCAACCAUCGCAGCUGUGGAGACGGCGUGCUGCAAGCCGUGCUGCGGGAAGCGGAAAGCCUGAACAAAUUCGAACCAUUCGCCUACUCGCGCAGUCUGUAUAUACCCACGAGCGAAAGAAAAAGGAACUUCCAGCUGUACAUAUAUAACCUGGACAUAAAAAAAACGAAGAUCUACAUUAACGUAAAUUAUCUGCUCAAGCUAUUGUUGACAAAAAAUUUCCUCAUGAACAUAUCAGCCAUAAAAAUCAAAAAUAAAAAAAAAAAAAUACAAUACAUUUUAAAAAAUAAAAAAAUAUAUUUUUACAAUUACAUUAGCAUUUUUUUUUAUCUUCUCAAAAAUAUAAACAUAUCAGAACAUCCCUCCUCCACGACGUUAAAUCUUUUAUCCUUUGUCGAAAGUAUUUUAAAAAAUAAUUUGCAGUUACUGAGUCCAUUGAAUAACUUGUACAGCAUUGUAGUCACGUUGAAACACAAAUGUGAGCACCAGUUGGAGCAUAGCAGUAAAGCGGGUACGAGCAUUAACCAUGAUACAAAUAAUUAUUCAUUAAAUAAGCACAUCAGUCCUUUUUUCAAUUUGGAAUCCAAUCAGGGACUCUUAAUUUUAUCGAGACAUUAUCAAUACUAUUCGCAGCAGAGAGAAAACAGGAGCAGUGCCUACUUGAAGAAUUUUUUCUCCUUCAGUUAUCCAACUUUUUUUGGGAAGAGUGUUUUUACAAGUCCCUUUUCGAAGGAGCAGCAGCAGCGUAGCGGUACUGACAUUCGCAGGACACUCCUGGAUGUGCUCAGCCGAGGACCCCCAGGGGAUAAUGACCUCCUACAUAGUCCUGCUGAACCGGUAAAUAGGGACAUCCCCCUGAGGAGUAGUAAACCCCACACCGUUGAAGCAGACACCAAACAGGUCCGUGCACUACAGCGCGGGAACCGCGUACCACGAGGAACCCCCCAAAAUAAGGCGGAACCACGACACACGAGAGAGGAAGCGGACCAACCCAAGCGUAAAAAGAAGAAACUGAAAAGGAAAAAAAAACGAGACAUUCAAAAUAUAACGCACAUAUCGUUUACGCACAACCUGAGCAUAAGGAAGUGA